GGUGUAUCUAGCUCCCUAUUGGUCAGAUUCCCUCUCUGUCUCUUGGCGCGGUUGUUGAAUACCCGGGAGAUAAACGUAAUAACCUCUAUUAUAAUAACACAAAGUAAAAUCUCCCUUUUUAAGGAUAACGUUAUCAUUCUGCGAGAGAGAUUCACGAGCAUGGAGAAUGGCAGGGCCCAAUUUCCAUUUCCCUACCAGCCCUACAACAUCCAGGAACAGUUCAUGCAAGCCCUGUACAGUGUACUUGACCAGGGCAAAGUUGGAAUCUUUGAAAGUCCAACUGGGACGGGAAAGUCUCUGAGUCUGAUAUGUGGAGCGCUGAGCUGGCUCACAGACUUUGAGGAGAAGAGAAGACAGGAGGCAGCUGCUCUUCUGCAUGAAGGAGAAGCAGCUCUUUCCACUUCUGCUGCUCAGUCCUCCACUACCAGCUCCUCCGCAGAGCCGGACUGGAUUACUGAUUUUGUACAAAAAAAGGCAGAACGGGAUUUGGUUUCAAAGUUGAAGGAAGAAGAAUUGAAAAGAAAGAAAAGGGAAGAACGAUUAGAAUUGAUCAGAAAUAACGUUCAACUAAAGUAUGCAAUGAAAAGAAAAAGCUGUGAAGAUGAAGAGGCAAUCAAAUUGAUUCAACUCAGUAAAGAGGAACAAACCGAGACACAAGGAGAUCAAGAGGACGAGGAGCUUAUCAUCGCAGAAUAUGAGAGCGAUGACGAGUCAAAGACCAAGAGCAGAUUUUCUGGUAUUGAGGAUGACGCAGACGACGAACUGGUUGAAGAACAUGUUACUAAGAUUUACUACUGCAGUCGCACUCACUCCCAGCUGGCCCAAUUUGUCCAUGAGGUUCAAAAGAGCCCCUUCAGCAAGGACAUCAGUCUGGUCACACUGGGCUCACGGCAGAAUCUGUGUAUCAACGAUGAGGUGCGCCGCCUGGGCAGCAUCCAGCGCAUUAACGACCGCUGCAUGGAGAUGCAGAAAAACAAACAUGAAAAGCCGCAUCAUGACGAGGGUGUAAAACGAAAGCGAGGCCCAGCAAAGACUGCGUGUCUCUAUAAUAAAGCUUCAGCACUGCAGCAGAUGAGGGACAACGUUCUCGGUAAAGUGCACGAUAUAGAGCAGAUGCUGAAGCUGGGCAGAGAGAAGCACUCGUGUCCUUACUACGCCACACGCCUCUCUGUUCCCCCUGCACAGUUGGUGGUGUUGCCCUAUCAGAUUUUGCUUCAUGAAGCUACAAGAAGGGCAGCAGGGGUCAAGCUGGAGGGGCAGGUGGUGAUCAUAGAUGAAGCUCACAAUCUUAGUGACACGCUCUCCUGUAUACACAGUGCAGAGCUCAAUGGAGCGCAGCUUUGUCGUGCCCACUCGCAGCUCACCCAGUAUGCCGACCGCUAUAAGAGCAGACUGAAGGCAAAGAACCUGAUGUACAUCAAACAGAUUCUGUUUGUGAUUGAGGGGCUUGUCCGGGUGCUAGGAGGUAAGGUGGGGCAAAAUCCACAGAGCCAGACUACACAAACAGGAACUGAAAUGCUCACCAUUAACAACUUUCUCUUCAAGGCUCAGAUUGACAACAUCAACUUGUUUAAGUUACCGAGAUACUUUGAGAAGAGCAUGAUCAGCAGAAAACUGGGUGGCUUCGUGGAGAAGUACGCAGGAUCAGGUGUGAGUCUGCACACUCAGAGCAGCUUAAACAAGGAGAACCGACGCACAGAGGGCUUAAACCGCUACCUUCAAACGCUGCAGAGCAACCAGGGCACUGCACCAGUGUCUUCAGCAGACCAGCAGGAGUCAGAGGCAGAGAAAGUGCUGUCUGCAUCUCCCAUGAUGCAGGUGGAGGGUUUCUUCAUGGCUCUCACCAACAGCAACACUGACGGCCGAGUGGCGGUGCACAGACAAGGUACUGUGUCAGAGAGCAGUGUCAAGUUCCUGCUGUUGAAUCCAGCGGUCCACUUUGCCCAGGUGCUGAAGCAGUGCAGAGCAGUCGUCCUCGCAGGAGGAACCAUGCAGCCUGUUUCAGAUUUAAAAAAAGAGCUAUUGUUUUCUGCCGGAGUGGGAGAGGAGCGCAUUACUGAGUUUUCCUGCGGUCAUGUAAUUCCUCCCGAGAACAUUCUUCCCCUCGUCUUGUGCAGCGGUCCAUCCGGUCAGGAGCUGGAUUUUACUUUCCAAAACAGAGACUCUCCACGCAUGAUGGACGAGACGGGGCGCGUUCUCUCCAACAUUUGUAACGUGGUCCCGGGCGGGGUCGUGUGCUUCUUCCCUUCUUAUGAGUACUCGAGGCGGAUCGUUUCUCACUGGGAGGCCAGCGGUGCACUGACUCGUCUGGCUAACAAGAAGAAGAUCUUCCAGGAGCCAAAGAAAGCCAACCAGGUUGAACAGGUGCUGAGCGAGUUCUCCCGCUGUAUCCAGAGGUGUGCUGCGGACGUCGGCGGGCUCACAGGAGCAUUGCUGUUCUCUGUGGUCGGAGGAAAAAUGAGCGAGGGCAUCAACUUCUCCGAUGACCUGGGCAGGUGUGUGGUGAUGGUGGGAAUGCCAUAUCCCAACAUCAAAUCCCCAGAGCUGCAGGAAAAGAUGUCCUAUCUGGACAAACACCUGCCUCACAGUGGAGGGAAGAGCCCUGGCCAAGCACUAAUAGAAAACCACUGCAUGAAGGCUGUCAAUCAAUCCAUAGGAAGAGCUAUCCGUCACCGUGGCGACUAUUCCUCCAUUGUGCUGUGUGACAGACGUUACUCUCGACCUGCUACGCUCUCUAAACUUCCCACGUGGAUCAAAGAGCGCACCAGCACACACACAACGUUUGGCCCUGCUUUUGCCGCCUUACGGAAGUUCUUCCUGGAGAAAAAGCAGAAGCAGGUGUAGCGUCUCCUCCACUGGGCUAAAAGACAUUUCCCAAGACCAAAGUUAGGAAAAACUUUGAGGAACAGCGGCCACUGUGCAGAUUUAGCGACCCAAAACUUUUUUCUAAUAAAAGAAUAUUGAAAUAUAAUUCGAGGGCUUCUAUAAUAAGUUCCUUAUCGCAAGAUUGCCAAAGCCCUUUUAUUUGUGUUUCCAUUCUUGAACAUUUUGAAGCCAUCAGACCUCUGAGAGCUUCUGGCUGGAGUUCAAAGGUCAACCAGGAAGGCUGUUUCUCAGUAAAUCAUACUUGCUUUAUUUUACAUUUAAAAUCUUGCCUGUUACAUUUAAAAUCUUGCCUGUUUCUUGUGUUCUGACUUUGGCUUCCUAAUAUCUCUGGUUCAGAGAAGUGAAGACGAAUUAGAGAAUAAUGAACACAAGUAUAUGAUGUCACACUGCAAGGGACAAAGGGACAUUUAUCAGAUUGACUCGGGUGUAUCAGUCCUGCCAUGUCUUUGAAUUCAGCCUGGAAUAUGUUGAGAUGAAUUACUGAUGAAUAUAUUCCACAGAAAUCAAGAACAGCACCGGCAGAGGAAUCCAUAUAACUGAUUUGACCAUGAAGAAGAGAUUAAAUAUUUAAAACAUUCAAUGUUAAGUGUUAUAUAAUGCAAACAUUAUGUUUAUUUAAGAUGUUAGUGAAGUUUUACAUGAUUUCAGUAAGUGUUCUAAUAAUAUCUGAUUGGUUAAUUUUAUGAAAACAUGUUUUGCAAUGAAUGUGAUUAUCAAUAAAUUGUUUUAUUAUAAGA